UAUUUGUAUCCUCACUUCUCUCUGACUUCAAGCUUUCUUUCCUAGGGUUUAUCUUUUCAAUGGCUCCACCUCUCAAUCCAAAAGCCCCUGAAUUUUAUCCAAAAAAUCGAGCUCAAGAACUUUCACAAAAACCGAAAUUUCUUUCAUUCACCACUUUCAGUGUUAAGCCGGGAAAGCUCAGUCGACCCAAAUGUCUACCUCCGAGAUUGUUGAAGCAGAAGGCUUGGGUCCAAAAAAAUCGAAAUGUUUUGCCAAGAAAACCUCUUCCUCCUCCCAAAGAAGCUGAGCUCAAAUCUCUGUUUGGUGACCAAACAUCUGUUAUGAUACGAAACAUUCCAAACAUGUUUGGACGAAAGGAUCUUCUGAGGAUUUUGAACAAUCAUUGUCGUAGAGAGAACAAAGUUCAACAACAAAUUCCUUCUUCCUAUGACUUUCUCUAUUUGCCCAUGGAUUUUGUGAAACACGCGAAUUUAGGGUACGCUUUUGUGAACUUCACGAGCUCAGUCGCAGCUGAGAGAUUCCGGAGAGAAUACGACAAUUUCUUAUGGGUCGGCUUUGGGUACAAGAAGAUUUGCGAAAUCUCUGAAGCCAAGUAUCAGGGGAAAGAAGAGUAUACUCAACAUUUCAAGGACUCUAGGUUUCCUUGCCACACUGACGACUAUCUUCCGGUGAUUCUCUCCCCGCCUAGUGAUGGUUUCACAUGUUACAGCCUCGCGACCCUCGGAUACAGAGUCAGCACACGUGGCGGUGGAACAGGCCGUCGCAUCCAUGUCGCUUGAUCUUUUAGGGUCUCGAAGAAGGAGGAUCCUUGUUUUCAUUCAUCUCCCAAUGACGUGACGUCACGACCUGGGUGAAAUGGAAACAUAACCUUUCUCUAUCUUUCUAUCGUUCGCUUAAUUAGUUUGCUACUUAGUACUUAGUACUUAGUACCACUAGUUCUCCGUUUAGGUUUCGUGUUUGUUAUUUAGUAUUUAGUCAAUGAAAUUAUGUACUACUCUUAGACAUCCGUACAAUGGUUAUUUCAUAUUUGACUUUUCUACCUUUCUAUAGUUUUUACCUUUUAGUAUACCACUGAAAUAUUUAUAAAUUACAUUAACUACGAAUCAGCUUUUUUGAAAAAUUUGGGGAUGAAUUAAUCGUGUUAUAUCAACAUGACAUACAACAUACUUUUUACAAUAAACUGUUGUUUAUUUGAGUAAUUUUAAUUUUUUGGUUUUACAUAUCUAAAUCGUAAUUAAUGUCAACUAAAAUGCCACGUCAUUACACCAAUUAAAUCUCACCAUUGUGUUAUUUCACCUUUUUUGUUUAAAAGUAUGGAACUUCACAUAGGGAGUUCUAAAAAGAGAUCACUUUAUUAUAAUUAAAAGUUUAAAACCUUCUUGAUGUUGUCAAAUCACGUAGACAAUGUAAAUUGAAAAAAAAAAUGAAAAACACUUUUAUUCCAACCAAGAUCUCAUACAUCUUGGUGAACCACAAACUAAAACAUAAAAAAAAAAAAACUUUGAAACAAUCCAAUCUCUCCAAAUAUAACUCAAAGUUCAUCUCUCUUGAUCAUGGAAGGACGAGUCCCUUCACUUAGGAUUUAGGAAUCCUUUAUAAUAUACUUCGCGGUUUCUUUCUCAUGACGUGUGAGGUUAUUUUUGAAAUCAAUGUAAUAGAGUCCGAAUCUGUUCUUGUAACCGUCUUGCCACUCGAAGUUAUCCAACAAUGACCAUAUAAAGUAUCCUGUAACAUUUACUUUGUCGAUGCUGCAGAUUUGAUAUCAAUUUUCUUAUUAGAUUUUUCAAUAAAAUUUAUUAUCGAUCGUAUACAGGAGAUAGUAAUUACCAAAUAGCUUCAUGCAUACUCAAAAGAUGCCUCUGGAGAUAGUAUUUCCUAUUAUGAUCAGCAGUACCAUUUUUAAUCGAAUCUGUAGCCCCAAGUUCUUCUCCAUAUCCUAACAUAAAAUAUCGAUCAAUGACUUUUUAUAUUUAUGUUUAAAACAAAAUGAAUUAAAAUGUUUGACAAAUCAUACUAAAAUAUCUAGUUACCAUUUUCCAUGAUCAUAAUCUCUGGAUUUGCGUAGUUAUCCUUGAUGUAUUUCAAAAGAUUUCUCAAGCCUUCCGAGUAAACGUUCAUUGCAGCGGUAAAAGGCUGAAAACAAAAGUGAAGAUGUUAUGUCAUAAUUAAAUUUUUAUCUUCUUGUUUACAAUAGCAUGCAGUUUGCAGGUUGGAACCAAAUAAUGCCACAAUGGUGGCUAAGAGCAUCUCCAAUGUAUUACUCCAAAUUUUACUCCAAAAUGGUGUAACUCCAAAAUGGAGUUGGAUUUUACUCCAAUGUAUUACUCUAUUUUUUACUCCAAACAAAAAGAUUCUUUUUUCAUUUAGUUAAUAAUUGUUAUUAAUACCUUCAACUUAUAAAAAAUUAACAAUUAACCCAACUAUUUUAUGUUUACAAAAUUUCCAUAAUAAUAUAUUUUAUUUAUAUUAAAUAUUUAUCAUUAAAAAUACAAUUAGAGAUUAUCUUCUAUUUCAAUUCGUGCAGAUUUUAUCAUAUGCAAUUUUUCUAAUUCAAAAAUAUUUUUAUGCAUUAAAAGAACAUAAAGAAAAAACAAAGUUUUGUUUUGUAAUUUGAAUUAUGUAUUGGGUCAUAUUGUUUGUUUGUGCAAAUAUCAAGUUCAACAAGUACAAAUGUUAUCAAUCAAAAUUUUGACCAACAAGAUUAAAGAACUCAUCUAUUCCGUUUGAAUAAUACUUCACCGAUUUUAGUAGUUUCGAAAACAAUUUACCAAAUUAAUUAUUAAAUUACUUAUUUAUAUUAUAUUAUAUUUGUUUUAUAUUAUUUAUUCUUAGUUUUGACUUUUAUGAGUUUAUGCAUAUUUUCUGCAAACUAUAAAGUAAUCUUUUGUGGAGUAUUAUAUUUUUUUAUGUUAUUAUAUUAUUUUAAGUAUGAAAUAAAAACAUUAAAAAUUAAAAGGACUAUUUUAUAAAUAUAAAAAGUUCAACUCCAAAAUAGAGUAAUUGGUAAGAUUACUCCAUAAAUGGAGUAACCCUAGCUAUUACUCCAUUUUGGAGUUGAAUAUGGAGUGGGGUUGGAGAAGAUUUUACUCCAUAAUUGAGUAUGGAGUCAAAAAUGGAGUAGGGUUGGAGAUGCCCUAACACAAACCACUACUAAUUAAACUACAUGUCCUGGGUAAUAUUAAUGCAGUAUUAUAAUCUAAAAAUGUGCAUUACUUUAGUUACAUGCAUACCUGGCUACCGAUGCCUUUAGUUUUGUACAUUCUUUAGCUGAAAAAGAUUAGAUUUUGAUUAAGUUUUUUUUUUUGAAAAUUAGAUUUUGAUUAAGUUUACAAAAAAAAAAGAUUAGAUUUUGAUUAAGUACCAAAUAAGAAGAACCUUUCAUUUGAUUUGUGAAUAUCUAUUUUCUUCGUUCGGUUUCAAGAGAAGAGAAGUUUACUUUCCCACGAUAUGAGAGAAUCUUGCAUCUAUCUUGGUUUAGAAUAGUCUGGCUUCUCCAGAUGGUUUGAAAACUUCGACGUGUAGUAGUUAAGCCCUACGAAAUCAGUCGAGUCUUUUAAUUUUGCUUUCUGAGCAUUAGUAAAUUUAGACGACCUAUGUCCAAAAAUGUCUUUCAUAAUCUGUGGAUAAUCUCCAAAUGUAGUAGUAUCCAGAUGCCUACAAAUAAUAAUAAUAAUAUUAAUCAAAUACCAAUAAAUGAAAUUAUGUCUAUACACACUAGGACUUCUUAUCCGUUUUAUUCAUCUUGCUGAUCUUAAGUGGCUAACUCAUCUUUAGCUAGUUUCAACCCUGCACCUUAGCCUUUAUUCCACCUUCAUGCAUUUGUUUUUCAGUGUCAUAUUUGCAGAUAUAUGCAAAAAGGCCGGAGAGAAAAGGAUCAACGCAUCAUCUUACUCGUUACUGCUGGAGAAAUUCAGUCAGAAAGGAGAACACGUAGAUUAAGGGAGCAACCGCUCCAUAACCAAUAAACUGCGCAAGAGCAGGGGUGGAGAACCAGAAUGGUAGCGAAAUCAGAACCACCAGUGACACUCAGAACGAUCAUGUAUUACCUCCUUCUUCGUCACAUCACCAUAUCAGUCUUCAAAAAAAAAAAACGAAAAAAUGAGAAUAAUGUGAUGGAAAAGGGGAAGAAAGAAAAGAAACAUGGAACCACUGGAAAGCAGAACAAUCAGUCGCCUGUUCCGUCAUCAGAACAGCCGCACCAGAUAUAGCAAAAACGAGUAGAGGCUGUGGACAUCAAUGGAUCUAUCCUCUCUUGCCAUUUUGUGUGAUAUCCUGCAUCCUCUACAAUGAAAUGGUAUCCCCUAAACACUCUUAACUCAACCAUUAAAUAGCUUGUUCCACACCUAGACCGUCUACCCUGAAUAGUGCAUGUGAUGAGAAGCUCACGCUCCUCUUAAAUUAAUAUAGAGAGUUUUGCCUCGACAGUGUUGCUUUUUCAGGCUUGAGAUGUAGAGUAUGGAGCCGAUUUUUGAACAACAGUCAGUGGGGUUCCGGUAAGGGUGUAUUGUCCUAUUUUUACUGCUUGUAUUGUUCAUAGAUUUGUGGUUAAAGUAUAGUUGCUGAGAAUAGGAGAGUUCCCACACUUUCAAACCUUUCUCCUUGUUCUUGAUACUUGACAUUGUUUGAGGACAAACAAGGAUCUAAGUCUGGGGAAAUUGAUAUAUGGUGUUUUAGACAUCUUGUAUAUAUGCUUUCAAUUGGUUUUUAAGUCUUUAUCGAGUCUUUCUAGUCAUUUUCGAGUUAUUACAGGUCUGGAGUUGCAUUGGAUGAGAGAUGGACCAGCUAGAACAAAAGAGGCAGGAAACAGUGCAAUUUGGUGAUUUUCACGCAGAACAGUCUUGAUGACUGUUCCUGAUCGAGCGGAACAACCCAAGUGCAUGUUCCAGCGACAAAGAUUUUUAAGGAAACUACAACCUAUUUCAGGAUUUGCCAUAAUCUCUCUAUUUUUCUCUCCCAGCCGCAUGUGACUUUGAUAUAUCUUCUUUUUCUGUUUCUCCUUAAUAUACUACGCUAUUUCUUUGAGAAGAAACCAUACUCUAGAACUCCAUUGUUGGGAUUUGCUACCUUGAAAAGGGAGACGGCUCCAUCUCUCUCGUCUAGAGAAGAUUACCCUGAACCCUCUUUUCGUUUCUGUUAUUCUUAUGCAGUAUUAUUCA